AUGGCCACCAUGACAGAGUUGAGCCCCGUAGAAGGGGAGAGUAAGUACUCCCAAGAUAUGCAAGUGGACAAGAAACUCAUCCCCAGCAAAGUUCCAGGCUUAUGUUCCACUCGCUAUGGGUUAGCCCUUAUCCUACAUUUCUGCAACUUGUCACUGGUAACACAAAAUAUUAUCAUGUACAUCACCAUGGUAGCCAUGGUCAACAGCACAGACCAUCAAUCCCAGCUCAACAGCUCCACAGAGGGGCUGCCUAUUGAUUCAUUUGGUGGUCCGAAUAAUACUCCAAAGAGUCUUCCUGCAAGGGCUCCUUCGUAUGACUGGAGCCCCCAAAUUCAAGGCAUCAUCUUCAGCUCUCUCAGCUAUGGCAUGAUUCUGACACUGGCUCUCAGUGGAUACCUGGCUGGAAGAGUAGGAACGAAGCGAGUGUUUGGUUUCUCUUUGUUUGUAUCUUCGCUUCUCACCCUUUGCACCCCUCUGGCUGUUGACUUUGGAUUAACUUCCCUCAUUGUAACUCGAAUAGUCCACGGCCUAAGCCAGGGCUCAGGAUUUGGGGGUCAGUUUGCAGUUUGGGAAAAAUGGAGUCUUCCACAUGAACGAAGCAGACUCUGUGCCAUUGCUUUAUCAGGAAUGCCACUGGGAUCCUUCACUGCCCUCCUCAUUGGUGGUUUCAUUAGUCAAGCCAUUGGGUGGCCUUUUGCCUUCUAUGUCUUUGGAGGCACUGGCUGUGUCUUUUGCCUUCUCUGGUUUUUUCUGGCUUAUGAUGACCCUGCCUCUCACCCAUGGAUAAGUACCUCAGAAAAAGAAUACAUCAUAUCCUCCUUGGACCAACAGGUCAGUUCUUUUAAGGAGCCUCUUCCCAUCAAGGCUAUAUUCAGAUCUCUACCCUUUUGGUCCAUCUGUAUUUGCAGUUUAGGCCAUUAUUGGUUACUUACCAUAAUAAUUGUGUACACACCAACUUACAUCAGUUCUGUGCACAGUGUUAACAUCAGAGAUAAUGGAGUCCUAUCAGCCUUUCCUUUCCUUUGUGCCUGGGCCACUGGUAUCCUGGGAGGCUGUCUGGCAGAUUUCCUUCUGAGCAAGAAUUUUAGGCUCAUCACUGUGAGGAAAAUUGCCACAGUUCUAGGAAAUCUACCCGCUUCAGCAUUUAUUGUGGCCCUGCCCUACCUUAAUUCCAACUAUAUCACUACAGUUGCCUUUCUGACGCUGUCAUGUGUACUAAGCCAAUUUUGCCAAGCAGGGAUCCAUAUCAAUACCUUAGAUAUUGCCCCAAGGUAUUCCAGUUUCCUCACAGGAGUCUCAAGGCAACUUUCACACAUAGCAUAUAUCCUGGUCCCCAUGGUCACUGGAUUUCUUCUCAGUCAGGACCCUGAGUUUGGGUGGAACAAUACUUUCUUCUUGAUGUUUGCCAUUAACCUAUUAGGACUGAUCUUCUACAUCAUAUUUGGAGAAGCAGAUAUCCAAGAUUGGGCUAAAGAGAGGAAACUCACUCGUUUAUGAAGUUAUUCUACCAUGGAUGGAAAAGUCAUAAGCCAC